AUGUCGCCGAAAUUGCAAGAGGUGUUUGGGGAGCUAGGCAUCUCGCAAUACCUUGAUGUCUUUCUCGACCAGGGCUUCGACACGUGGGAAACGAUCCUCGACAUCACCGAGUCGGACCUGGACGCGCUGGGGGUCAAAUUGGGUCAUCGAAGGAAACUUCAAAGACGGAUCGCCAAUGCCAGAGGCGUAGCGCCCGAUGCGGCACUGGCUUCGCCGACGAGGGCAAGUGUCGAGGAUGCCCGGACCGAGGUGCAAAAGACGGAAGGAUCUGCAUUGUCAUCCACGGAUAUCCGAGAGAAUGGCAAUGGUGUGGUUCAGAAGCGCAAAUAUCGACGGCAUCCCAAGCCGGACGAAAAUGCACCAGAACGCGCGCCGUCCGCAUACGUUCUAUUCUCUAACAAGAUGAGAGAAGACCUCAAAGGUCAAAACUUAACGUUCACGGAGAUCGCCAAACUGGUUGGCGAGAACUGGCAAGGCUUGACUCAGGCCGAAAAGGAACCCUAUGAACGGGAUGCCCAAGCAGCCAAGGAAAAGUACAAUCGAGAUCUAGCCGAGUACAAGAAAACCCCCGACUACAAAAAGUACCUUCUGUAUCUGCAGGAAUUCAAAGCCAAACACGCCAAUCACGCGCAAGACAAAGAAGUGUCCAAGAGAGUGAGGCUGUCCGACCCGAACAUCGGGGAAGCAACGGUCGUCAACGGUCACUCGGGCCGAAUUGCAAGGGCGGGCAGCAUUGGGGAUCAGAACGGCGAACCGCCAGCACGGCGGCAGAGAAUUGGGUCGAUUGUUUCUAAUGGCGAAUCGUACUACGCAGCAUCCGUUGCCUCGUUCUCUCAACGCACUCCGGGCGACGAGUCCGUAUUGACCUCACCAGCUACUGGCUAUUUCGACCGGCGCCUUGACCGCCGUCGUGAUCAGUCGCCUGGUGUCACAGGGAGCCCCAGGGACAGCUCUGCCCAGCCGCCAGCCCCGUUGCGACGUGAUCCUCCAUCGUAUACGGAUGGCUCUCGCGCUGAUUCGAUGGCGACGUCGCGUAGCCUUCCACCGCUUUCAGAUGUGUUUGAAGGCCGGCCCAUGCUGAACGGUGCAGCCCAUCUCAACGAAGCUCCCACGCAAAACAUCGGCCUGUUACCGAGGGGCCUUCAAACAGCAAGCCCAGCAAACACACCGAGUCUGAGCGGUAGCGAAUCACGGCCGCCGUCUCUGAAAAAAGAACAGUCUUCUGCGGGCAGCAUGUCUUCAGCAAGCUCGGCAUACAGCAGUUUCCCGCGGACCCCUAUUGAGGGACCCCUUCCUAUUCAUGCACUUUUGUCCGGUGGAAAACAAUUCAACUCUUACGAUGCGGCCUUUGCAGCAAACCCAGCGAUCCAGGGACGUUCCAUGUCUCCCGACGACAGACCUACUAUUCUUCCGUUGGAGCGGGCUCCAAGUGACCCGACCCCAGUCAAUCCCCCUCUGCCGCACAUAAAUGGCGAGACUAGCACCGGUAUCCGUCCCGGCUCCACCCCCGGCGUCGCGGCCGAAUGCUGGGACGUCACAGACCUUUACGAUGAAGUUAACGGCCGCACCUUCAACUACCUGCACUUGCAAACAUGUUUUGAACCCCCUGCACAGGAUGGCAUCUACUCAUCACGGCAGAGUCUGAUGGCGAGAUUCCGUUUCCACCAACACCUGAACUACCACGUACAUCGGACAGACACGAUCGAGGGCAAGUCAUUGUGUUGGUGGAGCUGGCUUGCGUGA